GGAUUUAUCGUGCAACACUGCACAAUCUGCUAGUAGUCGGUCGACAGCCAUGAACCUCAGUUUCGAAGGAAAGCGCAUUCUCGUGACCGGAGCUGGUCAAGGCAUCGGCAGAGAAUUGGCUCUACGUCUUUCCAAGUAUAAGGGACAAGUAUUUGCACUUUCGAAGACGAAGAAGAAUUUGGACAACUUGAUUGCGGCCGACUCGAAAAUUCAGCCGGUCUGCGUUGAUCUUCAGGACUGGGAUGCGACCCGAAAAGCCAUUCAGAGCAUCCUGCCGAUAGAUUUGUUGGUUAACAAUGCCGGUGUCGCGUGUCUUUCACCUUUUUUGGACACGACACCCGAGGGAUUCGAUUUAACUUUCGAGGUCAAUGUGAAGGCUGUGUUUAACGUGUCCCAGGUUGUCGCCAAAGACAUAAUCAAACGCAAAAGCAGCGGAAGCAUUGUAAAUAUAUCGUCGCAGGCCGGGCAGGCGGCAUUGAAAGAUCAUGCUAUUUAUUGCGCGUCCAAGGGAGCCAUUGACAUGUUAACGAAGUCAAUGGCCCUCGAAUUGGGUCCACACAAUAUAAGAGUCAAUGCUGUGAGUCCUACGGUUGUGAUGACGGAAAUGGGCAAAUUGGGUUGGAGCGAUCCGCAGAAGGCAGCUAGCAUGAUCAACAAAAUUCCUCUCAAUCGAUUUGCUGAGGUUGACGAGGUAGUGGAUCCCAUUGUAUACUUACUGAGCGAUCACAGUUCCAUGAUUAAUGGUGUUUGUUUGCCUGUCGAUGGUGGUUUUCUAGCUACAUAGAGCAGAAAUGCAAAACUCUGGUCUUUAAAAGAAUAAUUAUAAAUAUAUUAUGUCUGUAUAUUCAACAUUUUAUAUCUAAAUAAUUUUAUAUCUAAUAAACAUUUUAUAUGAAAAUCAAUAAAGUAAUUAACGGUG